AUACUAUAAUAUAUGUAUUUAUAUUGUUCUUGAUUUUGUUAGUUCAGUUGCUAAAUUUAUAUUUCAGUUGUUAUAUUAGCAAUUAUUAUUUUUAAACGCUAAUUUGCCAUUCAGUUUGAUAGGAAAUGUAUUAAUCUCUUCCUUAAAAUUCCCAAUUAAGUAUUUAGCGCUGUUUUGCCUUAAUGGCUCUAAAAUCAACGACUGUUUAUUGUAGUUUUCAAGUCGAAAUUGUAAACAGGAACUCAGCUGAUUUUUUAUAAACAGUAUUUUGUCAGUAUAUUUAGUCGGCGUAAUCGCCAGUAGAUUCUUACCCUUUCCACUUGCGGGCAUACUGCAAAGAAGAAGCAGCAGCGAAUUAGCAACAACUUUGCACAGCGAAAACGCCCCGAAAGCAAUGAGUGUUGCGGCAAUUAGAUAGCUUUUAUUCGCACCAAGAUGAGCAGGCACAUCUGCACCCGCUGGGCCUUUGACCUGUCCAGCUGGUCACCCACACUGCCCCAACUGAGCCAGGCGGUGGCUCUCGUCCAGCCGGAGGAACGCGUGCGCCUCAUGAAGUUCCACUUCAUCGACGACUUUCUGUCCUCGCUAAUUGGUCGCCUAUUGAUGCGGAAAUAUGUGAGCUCAUGUACCGGAUUGGCCCAGCACCAAGUGCAGUUUGCCCGGGAUGUGAGGGGCAAACCCUACUGGGUGAAGAAGGAGGAUUGCGAGGCGCCGCCGCUCAGCUUCAAUGUCUCCCACCAGGGAAACAUGGUUCUGCUGGCCGGGAUUACUGGCGAAAGUCAAGAUCCCGACUUUGGUAUCGGCACGGAUGUCAUGAAGAUCGAGUACGGUGGCGGCAAGUCCCUGUCGGAAUUCUUCCGGCUGAUGCGGAACAAGUUUUCGGAACACGAAUGGAGCUACAUUGGGAGGCCCCAGCACAACGAGCGGGCUCAACUGAAGGCUUUCAUGCGUCACUGGUGCCUCAAGGAAGCCUACGUCAAGGAGCUGGGAGUGGGCAUUACGGUGGACCUGCAGAAGAUCAGCUUUUCCGUAGAUACCACCCACAAUCUGGGGGAGGAGGUCUCCCCACUCAUAGGCACCACCCUGCGCUGUCACGACAAGCCCAUGGAUAACUGGCAUUUCGAGGAGCACUUGCUGCAGGAGGAGUACUGCGCUGCCAUUGCAUUCAGGAAUUGUCAGCCGCAGGAGCAUGGCAGAUUUAAGAUCCUUGGAAUUGAAGAACUCCUUGUAAAGAGCCAGGAAUCAGAGCUGCAGGAAGUGGUUGCCUACUGCCAAAAGGCUUUAGUUAAGCCGCACAAACGAUCGUAAAAUACGCAUCAUUUCAACUCUAGAUUGAUCUUGCAUUUAUAAACAAAUUAACUUAUUGUAAAGUGCCAAGAAUGCCUUAUACAAAUCAUAAAAUAUAGGUACAUAUUCUUUUGAUAAUUUGCGAGGAAUCAGAGCUGGAGGAAGUGGUGCCUUAGAGCUCGAAUUAAGUGAUAUCCUAAAUCAGACAGUUGUUAUCCUUAGAAUAAACAUGCAUUUGUAUUACUAUUCCAAUGGUUCUGCACAAAAUCGAAUGACUUGUAA